GAGAAACCAAAACAAUAUCCUUCAAAUUGACAAGCAAAUCAAUCAAAACUUAUUUUGUGUUUGAAGCAUAUCACAAACCAGUAAGCAGAGAAAUGUCAGAAACAAAGUUGAGCGGCUUCAAAGACCAAAAAUGGUCACUCCAUGGCAUGACAGCUCUAGUUACAGGAGCCACCCGAGGCAUAGGAUACGCUAUAGCCGAAGAACUAGCAGAAUUUGGAGCAUCUGUGCAUAUAUGUGCUCGUAAUCAGCAAGAUAUUGAGAAAUGCUUAGAAAAAUGGAAAAGAAAAGGAUUUCGUGUAACUGGUUCGCAAUGUGAUGUACUAUUCCGUGACCAACGCGAAAAUUUAAUGAAAAAUGUUGCUUCCAUCUUUGACGGAAAACUCAACAUUCUGAUAAACAAUGCUGGAACAUGCCCACCUAAGAACCUCAUAGAUUAUACUGCAGAAGAUGUGAGCAGAAUAAUGGGAACUAAUUUUGAGUCUAGUUUCCACCUAUGUCAACUAGCACAUCCCCUUCUCAAAGCAUCUGGAUAUGGGAGCAUAGUAUUCAUAUCCUCCAUUUCAGGUCUUAAAGCUUUGCCUUAUAUUUCUGCCUAUGCUUCUUCUAAAGGAGCUAUGAAUCAAUUCACCAAGAACGUGGCAUUGGAAUGGGCAAAGGAUAACAUUCGUGCAAAUUCUGUAGCACCUGGAUUUGUUAGGACCGAACUUCUGGAUUCUAUAACGGAAUCUAUUGAUGAAGGGAAGAAAAUUGUUGAAGCUAUGAUUUCUCAAACACCGGCUGGUCGCAUCGGAGAACCUAAGGACAUAUCAGCCAUGGUUGUUUUCCUUUGCCUUCCGGUUGCUUCAUACAUCACUGGACAAAUUUUAACAAUAGAUGGAGGUUUCAUAAUUUAAUCUGUGAUUUAAAAUAAAAUAAAUAACUGUCACAAAGACAAAUAUCCGCAUCAACUUGGUUUGUCAGAAGCUCCUAAACUAAUCAUUAUUGGUAUUGUUUGAAGUAGAAUAUUUUAAGUGUUAUCUAUUUCAUUAUAAAUUUCAGUUUAUCAAUUUCAAGUUA